AUGAAGAUAUUCAUCCAGAUCGGUCAAGAUCAACAACGUGGUCAAUCGGAAGCUGCUGAAAAUCGGAAUUACCUAGCUCAACGGAUGACUGACGAAAUGCACGAGAUCAUUCGUGUCCUCCAACUGACCACUUACGACGAAGACGAAUGGGAUGCGGACAAUGUGACGGUGAUGCGUAAAGCACUAUCGGCAGCCAAGUCCCUUCUGACGGCAGCUCUCGACUGGCUGGGCGAUCCACGAGCCCGACCAGGAGCUGUUGGUGAAAAGGCGAGUCUAUUUGCUAUUCGUCGCAUUCUCGACUAUGCGGAUCGUAUUGGAGGUCGUGCAUUGCCUGAGGAUGCCUUCGCCAUCAAACGUUCCAUUUCUGAGAUUUCCUCAUUGACGGACGCUAUUUGUGAGAUGAGAAACAUGGGACGAUACGACAACGAAGGACUCGCCGUCAGCUGCGCGCAAAAACUCAAGGAAUUGGUCGGCACGAAACACAGCUCUGGUAUCCUUCCAGAUGCCCUGAUGAAUGCUCACCGUAGCGGUGGAGCUAAUCCGGCUCACACUGCUGGUGGACGUCUGGAACAGGCGCUCAGGUAG